ACUGAGGGCUGUCGAGUGACAAAUUUUUUGGUUAAAUCCUUUAAGCACGUAAUUUUGACAUCGGCUAAUGUCGUUAACGAUGAAAAAACCAGCUGAGGACGUUUUGGUCGUCGGGAUCGAUUCGAAGGCCCAAGAAAAUGAAAAUUCCAAAUCGAAUUCCGAAGACUCGAAGGUGACAACAGGAGGUGUGAACUAUUUCGGGUGCACGAGAUUAAUCCGUGAUUUGGUUUUACUAACGAUGAAAAUAUCGUUUUCGAUCAUUUUCACUGCUGUGAGACUCCUCGUUCCACCUUCGAUGAAGAAUCUCGUCGGGGAAACCGUCGUCAUAACUGGAGCUGGUCGUGGAAUAGGAAGAGAAAUAGCGAUCAAGUUGGCGACUCUUGGCUGCAUCGUGGUUUGCUGGGAUAUCGACGAAGAGGCCAACCGAUCGACGAUCAGUAAAAUUAUCGAAGAAGGUGGAGAGGCCUACGGUUACCUCGUCGACGUUUCGAAAAGGCUGGAAGUUCGCGAAACCGUGAGAAUGAUGAGGAGGAACAAGGUCCCGGAAGUGACGAUCCUGAUAAACAAUGCAGCAGUUUUAAUCCAGAGGCCCUUCCUCGAGCACAGUUACGAGGACGUCGAGAGCACAUUCGGAGUCAACGUUUUGUCGAAUUUCUGGACGAUCGAAGCAUUUUUGCCUACGAUGCUACAAAACGGCUCAGGCCACGUGGUCUCGAUGUGCAGCAUGUGCGGAAUGUUCGGAGUCUCGCAGAAAGUUGCUUACUGCUCGUCCAAGUAUGCUGUUAGAGGAUUAAUGGACAGCAUUCGCGAGGAAUUACGAUUACACCCAGCCAAGCCGAAAAUAAAUUUAACCACGAUUUAUCCGUUCUACGUCGCCACCGGAUUAGCUAAGGAUCCCCAAUUUAGAUUUCCAUACAUAUUUCGUGCUGUGACUGCGGAGUAUGCGGCCGAGGAAGUGAUCAAAGCGGUGCGACGGAAUUACACCGAGUGCACGAUCCCAAGAUGCUUGUUUCCCCUCAAUUCUAUCAUCAGACUCUUUCCCGAAUCCGCGAAACUGAAGAUUCUCGAUUUCCUCUCGAAGGAGCAUCGUCAUUGAAGAAAACAAAAUACAAGGAUGAGUGACUCAUCCAGAGAAAACGAGGAAAACCACCGAAACAAUUCGCAUCCAAUCAAAGAAUUAUGCACUUUUUCUCCGGAUUUCUUGCCACUGAGUAUUUUGCAGUCUAUCACCAGCUUGACAUAGCUCAAUGUAAAAUUAAGCGAUUUAAAGAAUUUACGACGCACCAUUCGAGUCGUUAUUCUUACUUUUGCCUUCGUAAGUGACAGCUGUUUUUCUCACUUCUCACACCAAAGUUCUUUCGACAUUAAAUCGUUCCACCCGAGUGAGUGACGUCGAGGGCUCUUCGUCGCGAUUCCAUAGACGGUUUAAUGACAACCGGAUGGGCCCAUAAUUAUCAUUAUUGUUGUUAUAGAGUUGCGAUCGCGAAAUUUUUCUCGUUUUCAUACUUUGAGAAAAAUGAAAGAGGCACAGUUUAGGAAUAUUAGUUGUAUGACUUAAUUUUUACAGAUUUUUUCUUAGCGCUUAAGACUAUAUUUAAAAAAAAAAAAAAAAAAAAUUUCGCGGUCUUUUGUGAUUUUGUAAGGAUCGGACACAAGAGUUUAGAACACCAAACGAUAAGGCUAUACAAGUUACAUAACCUCUCAGAAUCGUAAAGUUUACGAUGGAGACUGAUAAACAGCACAUUCGUCACUGCAUUUUAUACGAAUUCCAACAAGGAAAAAAUGCUUCUCAAGCACGGGAGCCAAUCUGUAGUGGUCUUGGUGACGACGUUGUAUCUUAUGAAACAUGUAAUUAUUGGUACAAACUUUUCAGAAGUGGUAAUUUCGGUCUUGGUGACCAGCCGCGCCCUGGACAGCCUCGAGAGUUUGAAGAUGCGGGAUUGCAAGCUUUACUAGAUGAGCACUCAACGCAAACACAAAAAGAGCUUGCAGCUUAAUUAGGAGUCACCCAAACAGCAAUUUCCAAGCGUUUGCACCAAAUGGGAAAAAUUCAUAAACUUGGAAGAUGGCUGACCAAGGAUGUGUUGACCCAACACAACCUUGGUCAACGUAUGAACACGUGUCUUUCACUACUUGCCCGGCGACAAAAAAAGGACUUCUUGUGGAAAAUUGUGACGGGUGAUGAGAAGUACAUCUUUAACGAGAAUCCCAAACGUAAAAAGUCGUGGGUAGAUCCCGGGCAACCCUCUACAUCGACGCCGAAACCGAACAGCCACUUAAAGAAAGUUCUUCUGUGUAUCUGGUGGGACACGAAGGGUGUGCUUUAUUAUGAAGUUCUGGAAGCUGGUCAGACGGUGACAGCGGAACGCUACAGUCGACAGUUGAACAAAUUGAGCGAAGUACUGGAUCAGAAAAGGCCAUUCACUGGGCAAGGAAGCCGGCAAGUCAUACCGUCGCAUGACAACGCUCGACCUUACCUUGCUCGCGCGACUCAAAAAACCCUUUUGGAUUUGGGGUCGGAAGUUCUCCCGCACGCGGCAUAUUCACCAGACUCGUGGCACCAUCUGAUUUUCAUUUGUUCCGGUCAAUGCAGCACGGCUUAGAGGAUAAACAGUUCAAAACGCUUGAUGAUGUGCGUAAAUUCGUCGAUGAUUUUUUUAUCGCCUCGAAGCCUGCAAGUUUCUUUCGCGACGGCAUCCGUAUGCUACCUGAAAGAUGGCGCGAGGUCAUAGAGCACGGUGGACGAUAUAUUCAAGACUAAGUUCGUUGUUUGCUAUUUUUUAAUAAUUAAAAAAACUACUUGUGAAUCUGUAAAAAUUAAGUCAUACACAGCUAAUAUUUACAUUAAAAAAACGCCCUUGAAAAUAGCAAUUGGAGACAAAAGUUCAUCGGAAAUAGUGAAAAUCGAAUCGUGAAAUUCUUCAUCAACGAGAAAAUGAAAAUCGUAGUCUCCGAAUGCCUUUAAAUGCUUGUGAAUAGUGAUUUCGAUGGUCUCUGUGAUUCGGCGAUUUCAUGAGAAUAGGCGCGGACCACGAGUCCAAUUCGGACUGUUAAAAGUCCGUGUCCGAAGGGGAGAGAGCGACGAGGUUGGUGAGGAGCCUGCAGAGAACUGGCGGUUCAGUGUUUCACUUGCUUUGCGCGGUGCCACAUCGUGGCGAUGAAUGAGGAUUGAUUCGCACAUGCGAGCCUCGAUGCAGUUUCGCGCGAGUCAAUGACGUUUUAGAAAAGCUCAUAAACGACAAUUCUCAAGAGAUUUGCGUCGUUUCGUUUCAUUAUUAUUAUUGAGUUUUCAAUUUAAAAAUUUAGUCAUCCACGAUCACGUCAAUUGAUGAGUGAAAAAAACUGGGAUUUUCAUCGCACCGGAUCGGCGAUCGAUUUCCUGCUUUUUUCACUUCGAACUGCAGUGAAAGAGUGAAAAUUCCUUCGUAAAAUCAAAUUAUCUUCCGCCCUCGAUUUUUUCUGAUUUUGUUGACUCGUUUCUUGGAGCUCGGUUAAAAGG